AUGAUGCGAAUUCUCGCAAUAUUAUUGCCGAUGGUUGUGUGUUUGCAUGCAAUGCGUACGUCGAAUAAUGCGGACAGCACAGACGAACAAACCACACAAACGUCUCCAUCCCAACCAAUGACCACAAUGGUCUCACAAAGUACGUCGAAUAAUGCGGACAGCACAGACGAACAAACCACACAAACGUCUCCAUCCCAACCAAUGACCACAAUGGUCUCACAAAAUACCUCGACCACUGAUGGUUCAGCAAGGCCUCCAAUGCAAACCUUUGGUUGGAUUAUACUGAUCCUCACCAGAGCUAUUUUAUGUUGA